AUGGAUAACCCCGAGCAGCGCGAGGCAAAGGCGGAGGAUCAGGCAGCACAGCCACACGAGUCGUACUAUCAGCAGCAACAGCAUUAUGGCCAUGACGCUCACUCGUACGAUCACCAACAGUACCACCAACACUACCAGCAGCAGCAGGCGCAAGCGGCGCAGGCGCACUACUACGGGUACGACCCGAGUCUCGCGCAGCAUCACGCGCCCCCCCAUUACCCGCACCACCAACCCCCUCACCACCCUUACGCUUAUCCUCCCCAACCCUACCCUCCCUCCGUUUACAACCAACCAAAUCCCUACCAGCCACCUCCCCAGCCCGCCUAUCCACCGGCUCAGGACUCCGCCUUCCCCGCAAAUUCCCCGCUUGCCGCCUUCUUCGAUCCGCGCGAGCCUCCGCCAGCCGCGGUGGCGGCCCCGGCGAGCGAGGAGGUGCGCGGGCGCGUGGAAAAGGCCGUCGAGUACGCCGCGAAGAACGGGCCGCAGUUCGAGGCGCUCAUGCGCGACAAGCAGCGCGGCCAACCCGCGUACGCCUUCCUCGAGGCGGGCGGGGAGGGCGCGGACUACUAUCGCUUCCGCCUCUGGUGCGCGCUCUCUGGGUCGGGGGCCGCGGAUGCGGUGGCUUGGACGGAGGGGAAGAGUGCAGCUGAUGGGCAGGCGGAGCAAGCCGUGGGGAAGCAGGGGGAGGCGGACGGGGAGCACGGCAGCGCGGAAGUGAAGGUAGAGGGGGAGCAGGAGGGGGAGAAACAAGCAGUAGGGGGCGCGCCGGGCGCGCAGCAGGCGCAGACCGGCUCUGAGGCCCCUCCUGCGGUCCCUCUCCCCUCCGAUUCCACCCCUCCCCUUCCCCCGGAGCCCCCGCUCCCCCCCAUGCCCCCACCCCCCGCGGACCCUGCUGACGUGGCGCUGCAGGCGGCGGUGGCGGCGGCGGGGCUGCCGGCGGACGUGGGGGGCGAGGCGGUGGCGCUGCUAGCGGGGCUGAGCGGCACGAAGGAGGCCAUCAAGGGCGGCAAGGCGUGGGUGGCGUGGCGCGCGGGCAUGGGGUGGGCGCCGCACAUCGCGUGGGUGCUGCGGGAGCGCAUGGCGGCGCUGGCAGGGCAGCCGGAGCGGCAGCUGCAUGUGAUCUACCUCGUCAACGACGUGCUCUUCAACAGGUGUGUGGUCAACGACGUGCUCUUCAACAGUCUACAGCAGAGGCCACAGCCGGGGGCGGUGGACGCGGUGGCGGCGGCGCUGCAGCCGUGUUUGGGCUUCAUGCUGGCGGCACUGUUCCACGGGGGGGGUGACGCGCAGAGCAGCAACCAGGAGCGGCUGGGGAAGAUCCUGGCGUUCUGGGCCAGCAAGGAGGUGUACCCGGGGGAGGCCAUGGCGCACCUGGGCGCGCUCAUGCGCCUGCCGCCCCACCAGCACCCUCCCAUGCCGCCCCCGCCACCUGUGCCUGCUAUGGACUACCACGCUGCAGCCACACAGCCGUAUGCCCAUGGCAUGCACCCCCACGCCCCUCCCCCGCCCGCAUGGCCCCCUCUUCCACCGCACAUGCCGCCCAUGCCUCACGAUGCAGCAGCCCCUGCCUCUGCACCCGUGCCCGCCACCCCCCCUUCCUUUCCCCCGCCCCCUGCCCCCGCCACUCAACCCCCACACCAACCCUCGCCCGCACCAGUCCCCAGCGCCCCCCCUGAGCCGCAGCCCCCCACCCCAGACGCGCCGCCUGCGGCCCCCGCGCCCACGCCUGCGGAGAAGGCGCCGUACCCGCUGUUCCCGCCGGGGCUGAUCCCGGGCAUGGUGCGCAAGAAGCAGGUGGGGUCGGGCGUGCCGUACGCGCCCAUGGCGCCGCACGACAUCCCCUCCACCAUCCCCCCGCCCCACGAGUCCGAGGAGUACCUGCGGCGCCGCAUCGCACGCUUCUUCAAGGCCAUUGGGGAGACGGACCCCCUGGCGGAGGGGGAUGAGGACGAGGAGGAGGAUGCGGAGGAGGCGGAUGGCGGCCGGGGGAUUCUUGGGGCGGGCAUUGGGAAGAGAGGGCACGGGCAUGGAGGGCAUGGGGUGGGUGGCGGGGGGAAAAGGGGCCCAGGGGCGAAGCCACGCGCCAUGUCACCGCCACCAGCGAUUGGCAUGGAGGGGGGCGGGCUGGGACUGGGCAUGGGCGGGGGAGGGCUGGGACUGGGCAUGGGGGGAGCGGGGAUUGGAGUGGGCAUGGGGGGAGCGGGGAUUGGAGUGGGCAUGGGGGGAGCGGGGAUUGGAGUGGGCAUGGGGGGAGCGGGGAUUGGAGUGGGCAUGGGGGGAGCGGGGAUUGGAGUGGGCAUGGGGGGAGCGGGGAUUGGAGUGGGCAUGGAGGUGGAUCCGGAGACUGGCAUGUUGCCGGACGGCAGUGUGGUGCAGAAGCCUGGCAUGGGCGGCGCGAGGCUGGGACUGGGUGCCGCCGUGGAGGCCGAUGCUCCGUCGCACUCGAAAGGAGAGGCAAUGGCGGCGCCUGCCAGCAAUCCGUCGAACACGGUGACGAACAUCUCGGAGUUCCAGUGCCUGGCCAAGGAGAAGCUGCCCAAGCAGGCGUACGACUACUACGCGUCGGGCGCCGAGGACCAAUGGACGCUCGCCGAGAACCGCAACGCCUUCGAGCGCAUCAGGUUCCGGCCGCGGAUUCUGAUCGACGUGUCGAGCGUGGACACGACGACGAGCGUGCUGGGCCACCGCAUCUCCAUGCCCAUCAUGCUCGCGCCCACCGCCUUCCAGCGCAUGGCGCACCCCGAAGGCGAGCUCGCCACGGCCCGCGCGGCAGCUAAAUUCGACACGGCCAUGGUGCUGUCGUCGUGGGCGACGAGCAGCGUGGAGGAGGUGGCGUCGGUGGGUCCGGGUCUGCGUUUCUUCCAGCUCUACGUGUACAAGGACCGGCAGGUGGUGGAGCAGCUGGUGCGGCGCGCGGAGCGGGCGGGGUUCAAGGCCAUCGCGCUCACCGUCGACACGCCGCGCCUCGGCCGUCGCGAGGCCGACAUAAAAAACAGGUUCGUGCUGCCACCUCACCUCACUCUGAAGAACUUCGAAGGACUGAACCUCGGCAGUAUGGACAAGUCACAGGAGUCAGGGCUGUCGUCGUACGUGGCGGGUCAGAUCGACCGCUCGCUCAGCUGGAAGGACAUCGCAUGGCUCAAGUCCAUCACAUCGCUGCCCAUUCUCGUCAAGGGCGUCAUCACAGCAGAGGAUGCGGAGAUAUCGAUAGAGUACGGGGCGGCGGGCAUCAUAGUGUCCAACCACGGCGCCCGCCAGCUGGACUACGUCUCCGCCACCAUCUGCGCCCUCGAGGAGGUGGUGAAGGCAGCGCGAGGGCGGGUGCCGGUGUUUCUGGACGGUGGGGUGCGGCGCGGCACCGAUGUGCUCAAGGCGCUUGCCCUUGGUGCCGCGGGUGUCUUCGUGGGGCGGCCGGUGCCAUUCGCGUUGGCGGUGGACGGGCAGGCGGGGGUGGAGAAGCUGCUGGGCAUCCUCAAGGACGAGUUUGAGCUCGCCCUCGCCCUCGCCGGCUGCACGCGCGUGGCGGACAUCAAGCGCUGCCACGUGGAGACGGAGGAGGACCGCCUGCGCAAGGCCAUCACCUCGCGCCUCUGA